GCUGCUGGAGACCCCUCAGCACCAUGAGCACCCCUGCCGGCCCGGAAGCAGCCCCCAAACCCAGCGCCAAGUCCAUCUAUGAGCAGAGGAAACGUUACUCCACUGUGGUGAUGGCUGACGUCUCCCAGUAUCCAGUGAAUCACCUGGUGACAUUCUGCCUGGGGGAGGAAGAUGGCGUGCACACGGUGGAAGACGCCUCCCGGAAGUUGUCCGUUAUGGACAGCCAGGGACGUGUGUGGGCCCAGGAGAUGCUGCUGCGAGUGUCUCCGGACCAUGUCACGCUGCUUGAUCCGGUCUCCAAGGAGGAGCUGGAAUCCUACCCGCUGGGAGCCAUCGUGCGCUGCGACGCGGUGAUGCCGCCCUGCCGGAGCCGCUCGCUGCUGCUGCUUGUAUGCCAGGAGCCCGAGCGCUCGCAGCCCGAUGUGCACUUCUUCCAAGGCCUGCGACUCGGGGCGGAGCUGAUUCGGGAGGACAUCCAGGGAGCUCUGCACAACUACCGCUCUGGCCGCGGGGAGCGCAGGGCGGCGGCGCUCAAGGCCACUCAAGACGAGCUGCAGCGCCGCCCCUCUACCGCCGCCGAGACCCCGCCCCUGCAGCGCCGCCCGUCGGUCCGCGCGGUCAUCAGCACGGCGGGGCAGGGCUCAGGGCGCGGGCGACCCCAAGCGGAGCCCAUCCCAGAGGCAGAGGAGGCGCGGAGGGCCCCCGCCGAGAUUGCUCGCAGUGGCGACCAGGGCUCGGACCCUGUCUCCCCCGGCCCGCGCGGCCCGGAGCUGGCUGGCCUGCAAGCCGAGAGGGACGUGGAUAUCCUAAACCACGUGUUCGACGAUGUGGAGAACUUCGUGUCUAGGCUGCAGAAGUCUGCGGAGGCAGCCCGCGUGCUGGAGCACCGGGAGCGCGGCCGCAGGACUCGGCGACGCGCAGCCGGAGAGGGUCUCCUGACGCUGCGGGCCAAGCCUCCCUCGGAGGCCGAGUACACCGACGUGCUCCAGAAGAUUAAGUACGCCUUCAGCCUGUUGGCCCGGCUGCGCCGCAACAUCUCCAACCCGUCCUCCCCAGAGCUGCUGCACUUCCUGUUCGGCCCACUGCAGAUGAUCGUAGAUACGUCGGGAGGCCCCCAGUUCGCGAGUGGCGUGCGACGGCCCUAUCUAACGUCCGAGGCGGUGACGCUGCUGCGAGACAACGUCACCCCACGUGAAAAUGAGCUCUGGACCUCCCUGGGGGACUCAUGGACCCGCCCCGGGCUGGAGCUGCCGCAGGAGGACGGACCCGCAUACAGACCCGAGUUCUAUUGCGGGUGGGAGCCGCCAGCCACUGACCCCCAGGGCCGGCCCUGGGAAGACCCUGUGGAGAAGCAGCUUCUGCACGAGCGGCGGCGCCGACAGCAAAGCGCCCACCACGCUGCUGUCAAUGGUCACCAAGACCCUGAGUCAGAGACUGAGCCGGAGCCAGAGGCGGAGCCAGAGACUGUCGGGAAGUGGGUCUUGUGUAAUUAUGACUUCGAGGCACGCAAUAGCAGCGAGCUAUCUGUCAAGCACCGGGAUGUGCUGGAGGUCCUGGAUGACAAGCGCAAGUGGUGGAAGGUUCGGGACCAGCAGGGCCAGGAGGGAUACGUGCCUUAUAAUAUCCUGACAUCUCAUCCCGGACCCCAGGCAGGCCGCAGCCAAAGCCCUGCCCUCAACCUGGACAGUAGCACGCCCCCGCCCCCAGCAGCCCCGAUGUUGGCUUCGGCAUGGGGGCGGCCCCACUGGGACAGCUGUGACAGCCUCAACAGUUUGGACUCCAGCGAAAAGGAGAAAUUCUGCCAGAUGAUCAGUAUCAACGAAGAACUGCAAGUGCGUCUGGCCCAGGGGCGCACGGGCCCCAGCCGCGUUGCUCCGGGGCCCCGCACGCAGGAGCCACAGCUCAGCCCGCGCUCGGAUGCCGCGGAGGUCCGCGCGUGGCUGCAGGCCAAGGGCUUCAGCUCUGGGACCGUGGAGUCGCUGGGCGUGCUGACCGGCGCGCAGCUUUUCUCGCUGCAGAAGGAGGAGCUGCGGACGGUGAGCCCCGAAGAGGGGGCGCGAGUGUACAGCCAGGUCACCGUUCAGCGCGCGCUGCUGGAGGACAAAGAGAGCGUGUCCGAGCUGGAAGCGGUGAUGGAGAAGCAGAAAAGGAAGGUGGAGAGCGAAAUGGAGACAGAGGUUAUUUGACCCUCCCCAAACCCCCGUGGGAAAAUGGACGAAUGCUCCCACCUAUGGAGCAGAUUCCUGCAAGGCUGCAAGGAUCACCACCCGUUCUGGUCCUGGUCGUGGACAAGCUGGACCCUCCAUCUGGAGUCUAAGCAGACUGAUCUGGGGCCAGAAGGGGAGCGGGGCACAGAGACGAUUGAGGGAAGGCGCUUGCUGCGCAACAUGACCUUGGGUACCGUGAUACUCGUUCCAAGUCUACAUAAACAGCCCCUUUCCAACGGACCGUGUCAACUGCUGUCUCCUCGCUACCAGCCACUAGAGGGCAUAGGACUCUGCCCGUUUCCUUCUCAUGGCCAGAGAGGAACCCACCCUCACCUUAGCCCUCCUCCUGCUCCAUUACAUCACCCUCUGAAAUGCACAUCUUCAUCCUCUCAAAAUCUAUCAGUCUUGACCUGUGUGACUCACUACUGUGUCACCAGGAGGCAGGUCAGGGCCUGGCAAGUAGCAACGGAUGGAUGGAUGGAUGGAUGGAUGGAUGGAUGGAUGGAUGGAUGGAUGGAUAGAUGGGUGGAUGGAUGGAUGGGUGGAUGGAUGGAUGGAUGGGUGGAUGGAUGAUGGAUAUAUGUGUGGAAGAUAUGCAGAUGGAUGGUAAUGAGUGGGUGGACGGUAGGUAGAUGGAUGGAUGGGUGGGUGGAUGAAUCCUAGAAUGUCUGCAGCUCAGUCCACUGUGCCACUCAGUUUUGCUAAGGUCACACAUUUUUUUUCAAAAAGGAAGAAAAAUUCCAGGUUUUUAUAUGGAAAUGGCCCCAAAUCGUAAACUGUGGAAGCUGACCCUGAUUUGUUUCUAAAGCACCAAGGUUGAGAAAGAAACCCCCGGUCCCCAGUGAGCGAAGUAUGACCCCUGUGACCUCACGGGAGACCUGCC